AUGCUUACCAACCCAAGUCUCGGGUGGCAGAAACUACAAAAUGUCUACUACAGCAUAAAGACAUGUUAUGACUCUGUGCAAUGGCCGAUAGACAAUCUUUACUCCAACUUUCGUGUGGCAGUAUCUACUCAUACGACACUUUUGGCUCUAGCCGCCAAAGGUAGCUCAUAUCCCCAUGUCAUUGAUAUUUACACCCUCAGCGGAAACAAAGUAUGGUCCCUCGUUUACAACUCAUCGCCGUCAGAUCAUAUUGUUGACUUUUGCUUUUACAACGAGCAACUUCUCGUCAUUUUGGCUAAUCGCAAAUAUCGCCUUUACACAGACUUCCAAGGCUCUUUCAACGAGUAUAGCUACACGGAUGAUUUGGUGAAACUAAAUUCAGAGUCUGAAAAUGGUGAUAGUGAUGCUCCCAGAUACGUUAUCACCAACUUGGAAACUAACCAGACUGAAGAACCAUUUCUGGUGAUCGAAGCGCAAAACUGGGGCCGGUUCCUUGUUUUACGUUACAGAAAUAGAAUCACCGUGUCAGACUUGCAUUCCUUUACAAAUUACGACAUCCAGUUUCCCUCGGGGCUAAAUCAGUCCAAAAUCCACACGAUGGCACUUGUAAGCAUCACUGAUUCGAAGUUUGAAUGUCUUUUGAGCUAUGAUACUACCGUAUUUCUUGUGAGUGUUGAUCUAUUAGAAGAAGCAUAUAGCUUUGUAGAUCAGGGCUUAACAGAUGGACCGUUCUCUUUGGUUGCUGCUUCUCCAGAUGGUGCGAUCAUUGCUUUACACAACCCAACAAGAUCAAGAAUUUUUGUCAUUACGAAAACAUUUGACCGUAUUCUUCUUGAGUACGACACUUCCAACGAAUCAAGUGCCCCGUAUAUGAUGGAAUGGGCCGGGAAUGAUGCGAUAAUAUUGUCAUUAAGAGAUGAAAUCAAACUCAUUGGGCCAGGGCAGAAAUCCAUAUCUUUUUUCUAUGAUAUUAUAGAGCAAGACGAUUUUGACAUUGGUGCGAUCUUGAACGAAAGCACCGACAACGAUUUGUCUUUCACUAUUCCGGUGAUCAAAUCAGAAAAAGAUGGGUUGAAAAUUAUCACUGGUAACAAAGUAGAGUUUUUGAGUCGAAUCCCUGAGUGCUGCAUUAACCUUCAUUUAAUGGGCUCCUCACAUCCAUCUCUGAUCCUACUCGAUUGCAUUGAUAAACUCGCUUUGCAACCUUCCAAGGCGUACACGAAUAUUUCCUUCUUGAACACUGAAAACUCAUUGAGUGCAGCUAUGGAUGGUUGCUUACAGGCUGCCCUUCAUGAAUUUCUGCCAGCAUGGCAAAAGAAGAUCUUGAAAGCUGUUUCCUUUGGCAAAAUUUACGAGGAAAAGUACUUCGACUCAGACAAAUAUUUAAGAGUCCUUGAUACGGUAAAGGUACUUAAUCAAAUUCGUUCGCCUGAGAUUGGAUUAUUUCUUACAAAUGCCGAGAUUGAGCAAAUGGGUUGGAACACAAUAGUAGAGAUGCUUGUGAACAGGUCUCAAUACUUAUUAGCUUUGAAGAUUGUUGACUUGUUGCAGUUAGAGGAUUCCAGAAGCUUGGUAUAUGUACAUUGGUGCUGCAGCAAGAUUAAAAAAGAGCUCAACAUGUCUGACAUCAAUCUUUUUAAAAUUAUUUCCAAAAAGUUGAUGUCCUCCCACAACCAAAAUAGGGCAAACCCGAAUCGAAACAUCAUAUCGGUGUCCGAAAUAUCAAAAGUUGCAUAUGAAGAAGGAAGAUCUGACUUAUGCAAGCUUCUUAUAAAUUUGGAGCCUUCCACAAUAAGGAGAGUGAAUCAACUACUUCAAAUCGAAGAGAUUGAAUUGGCUAUGAUAAAAUGCUUUCAAUCAAGUGAAUUUGACUUGUGCCGGCUAAUUCUCAUGUACUUGAAAGACAAGCUCUCCAUUGCCCAGUUCUUCCAAGUAUUGAACCAAAAUGAGCAAAAGAGCAUCGUCAAAGACAUUUCUCUCGAAGAGUUCUCUGAGGAUGAACAAAUAAAUGCAUUAUUCCAAGAAAACUUGUUCAUCAACGGGGAUUUGAUUGGGAAUUUUUGGGAGCAGAAUAUUGGAAAAUACUCACCGAAAUCCCUCGAUGCUUUUUUGAAACAUCAAAACAAGACACUUGCCCGUAACGAAGUAAAGUUGAAGAAUUACCUUCAAGAAUCGUCAAUAUCACAGGGAGAGUCUUUUGAGAAACUUUACCAAACACAGAAGACGAAGCUUCAGAGCCUAUUGGGCAAUCGCAAGUUCAGCAAACAGCUUCAUUUGGAGCUUGAAGUUCUCGAAUUAAAGAAAAGGCUAUCGGAAACCUAUCAACAAUCAUUUUUCGAAAGGAAGUCCGUGGCUGAAAUUAUCAUCAAGUUAAUCGAGAUGCACCAGCUCAAACCAGUAUCAAAAAUUGUCAAAGACUUUAAGUUUCUGCAAGAGAAAUAUUGGAAUCUUGUUCUCGAAGUCUACUGCAAAGCCGGUGAUUUUGACAGCCUACACAGGUUCAUAACAGCAAGCAACCCCAAUCCAAGUGCUCUGCUAAAAUCGCCUAUUGGAUUUGAAGUAAUUGCUGAGACUUGUCUUGUUUACGGAGCGCCACACAAGCUUAUUUCGAGCUACAUUGAACAAUGUACCGAAUCGCACUACUUGAAAAGAAUCGAUCUUUACCUCCAAAACGGAGAUUAUAGCCCAGCAGCCGAAGAGGCCUUUAAAAACAAGGAUGGUGACGCUCUAGUUAAAAUACGCAAAACGGCGCAAUUGCAUAAUGAUGACAGCCUAGAGUUGAUAGCAGGAUACUUGUCUCGACUUGGCUAUGGUGGUUGA